CAGUGUUUCUACACGGACGUAUUUCCGCAUUGGCCCACGCAUGUGUUGACGAGCGAGGUGUUGUGUCUCGCAGCUGUUUUUAUUAUUAUGUUUGUAUAUAAGAUCGCAUGUAGACAACAUGUGUUCAUCGGAGGUCGUCUUGGGUUUUCUGGACGACGCGGAGCCUUGGAGGCUCCGCUCGCCGCAGUUCCCGAGUAAAGUCGGCGGAAAACCGGCGUGGCUUUGCCAGCGAGGUCCGCCUUCGCUCUCCCGACUGGAGUGCGAGACAUGCCGCCUGCCGAUGGCUUUUCUUCUGCAGGUGUACGCUCCAAUCUCCGGCCAGGACCGCAGUUUCCACCGAACCCUCUUUGUGUUUUGUUGCAAAACGGCAGAGUGUUAUGCUCACAAUGACAACCAGUGUGUGAAAGUUUUCAGAAGUCAGCUGCCACGGAGGAAUGAGUUCUAUUCGUAUGAGCCCCCGCCAGAAGAUGAACCCCCUACAGACUUGGACCCGGACCAGCGCGUGCUGCCCGUGUCCGGAGUUAAAUUGUGCUGGGUGUGCGGUUGCCCCGGCAACAAAGCCUGCUCCCGCUGCCACGCCGUCACGUACUGCGGCAAGCACCACCAGACGCUCCACUGGAAGCACGUUCACAAGAAGGAGUGCGGCGGUCCAAAAGAACCCGAGGCCUCUGGGUUUCUUUUCCCGGAGUUUGAGCUUUUAACCGAGGCGGAGGAAGAGGAGGACCGUGGCGAGGGUGGCGAAGAAAAUGACGAGACGGCCGUCGUUGACGACAGUGCAGACUGUUCCUCCUUAGUCGAAAUGCUAGCAGAAACGGACUUGGAGGAGAUGGCUAUGCACGAGACCGAGGACAACAAACUGUUCCAGCGCUUCAAAAAGAAGAUUGCACCCGAGCCACAGCAGGUGUUGCGCUACAGUCGGGGUGGCUCUCCUUUGUGGGUUUCUUCGCAGCGCAUCCCUUCAGAUCCAGAUAUCCCAGCAUGCAAGUGUGGCGCCAAGAGAACUUUUGAAUUUCAGGUGAUGCCCCAGCUGUUGAACAGUCUACGUGUGGACUCCACAGGUGCCAGUAUUGAUUGGGGAACUCUGGCUAUAUAUACCUGUUCGGUCAGCUGUAACCAUGACGACCAAUACUGCCUUGAGUUCAUUUGGAAGCAGGACUUCAGUUCAGACCAGCAAGGUCCAAUUGAGCGACCAUGACAUCUCGUGCUUUGGCAAAUGUACAUUUUUAUUUUUACAACUGCCUUAUUUUCCUUUCACUUAAACGUAUUUGUCUACAGAUACAAUAUAGGGAUCCUUAGUUUAUGACAAUACUGACGUCACCACAAUGUAAUGAACGUGUAAUAAACUGGUGUGUUACUGUUUUUCAUUAA